AUGCCCUUCACAACUAACGGUCCCGAACCCAAAACCCAAAUGGAGAUGAGUAAAAGAGAAUACAAUUUACGGCCGCUUCCCGGGGUUCGCCGGGGCGCAUCUGGAGCCGAUGCUGGAUGUUACAGCAUGCGAACCAUCGGUGGUGAGGAGCUGAGCAGGCGGGCACUCAUCAACACAAAUGUUACAGCCGAUCGCUGUGAGUUGAACAGGCGGACUCACAACGUAGAAGCUACAGCCGACUCCUUGGGCAACGAAACAAAUACCCCUUCGACUCGCCCCCAGCAUAUGACCCAAGCAGAACGCGAAAAGGACUCCGAUAUGCUUAACGAAAUAAUUUCAGCUUCACCUUCACCCUUCAAUUCAUAUGAAUCACCUAGUUCAUCUCCACUUUCAUACCAGGUUUCUUCAAGAUCAAACAUAAUUUCACCUAUGUCUGUGGAUGUUGUGCAGGAGGCACAUGCCAUUGAACCUACCUCCGCCACAGGCACAAACCGUGCGCGUAAAAGAUGGUCAGACGAUAUGAAUAAAUUCAUCUGGCGCACGUACCUCAUUGCCACAAAAUUAAACACAAGUAAAAUAUACCUUGCUCAUCUACACCACGAAUUUUCACUAAAAUUUCCUCAGAUGGAGGCAUCUAGACAGAGACUAGGUGACCAAUGCCGAGCUAUAGUCAGAAAUAAAUUGCUUCCCCAAGAAAUAUUAGAACAAAUAAAACAAGAAGUAACAGAGAGCCUACAACAAACCAACAACCAAGAUAGAACACAAAAUACUCAAACUAAUUUAAGCAUGCAAAUACACAAUAGCCACCAACAAGGUAUAAGGCAGAGAAGAAGAUGGACCACUGAGUAUAAUGAAACCAUUAUUAGAAACUACUACAAAAUUACAGAAUUAGAAGAAAAUAGAUCAGCUUACCGUCAACCCCUUCAUCAAGCGGUAAUCGCAGAACACCCCGAAUUAUCAGAAGUAAGUGAACAACGAAUAUCAGAUCAGCUUCGAGUUAUUUUAAAUAACAAAAUGAUUAGUGAUCAAAAACUUAAAGAAAUCCGUGAAGAAAUAUCAAACGAUCUUCGUUUGCGUCGUAACCAUCUUGAAAAUACUUCACAACACUUGACUAUACCACAAAAUGCGGCACCCGCAGAAAAUAACAACCACCCACAUAUAUCACCACAAACACAACCAAUACUAGACAUCUCUGCCAUAGCUGAACAGGACCAAACCACUUAUUAUCUAGAUGUGGAAAAAAUUAAAAAACAAUACAACAUUACAUUAGAAAAAUUUCAAAACACCAACCCAAUUAGCCGUCCCUACAUACCAAAACAAAACAGCUCAAGAAAACUAGCCCAAAUUAUUAAUGUCAUUAACACCAAAAUACUGCCUCAACAUAUUUCAGUCGAACAAGAUUUUGUGACCACUCAUACUCUUAUUUACUGUGCUGCCUACACAGCAGCUACCUGCAACGGAACUAACAUUAAGGACAUAACCAGCCAACCUUGCCAACUCCAGAAAAGAGUACCCGCAUGGCAGAAAAGGUUACAGAAAAAGAUACAGGAUCUCAGAAGAGACAUCGGAAGACUAACAGAACAUAUUAACGGUAAUAAGACAAAUAGGCUUACCUUACUAGUAGAAGCGAUAAAAAAUAAAUACAAAAUACACUCUCAACAUGAAGAACCUAACUCAAGUAACGAACAUUUUCUUGACACCCUCAAACAAAAACUAAAUGCCGCAUCUAGUAGGCUAAAAAGAUAUUUAAAUUGCACUCUUAGAAAAUCACAAAACACACAGUUCUCUAAUAAUGAGAAAAAGUUUUAUAGAAUCUUGUCAUCUGCCACACAACGCAACACAAGUACAAAUACACAAGACAUAACACCACCACCAGCCAAUGCAAUACAUACUUUCUGGUCUAGCAUAUGGAGUGAUCCAGUAUGUCACAAUACAGACGCUGCGUGGCUAGUUACAGAUCACGAAGUAAUUAAUUCUAUCGAACCUAUGAAUUUUGAACAUAUAUCUGUAGAAGUGUUCAUGCGAGUACUCAAUAAGGCGCACAACUGGAAAUCACCUGGUAGCGACCAUAUACACAACUAUUGGUAUAAAAAGUUCACAUCAACCCAUUCAUUACUACACAAACACAUGAACAAUUUCAUUCAAACACCAAACUUAAUGCCGCACUUCGUUACACAGGGCCUUACCUUCAUGAUACCAAAAGACACUGACCAACAAAAUCCAGCUAAAUAUCGUCCAAUUACUUGCCUGCAAACCAUUUACAAAAUACUUACAGGAUGUAUCACUGAACUCCUACACGAACAUAUUGCCGUUAACAAUAUUCUUGCUGAAGAACAAAAAGGAUGCCGAAAAGGUAGACAAGGUUGCAAAGAACAGCUCGUAAUAGACUCAGUAACAAUGAAACAUGCUAUUUCUAAGAAAAAAAAUAUUAAUACCAUGUAUAUAGACUACAGGAAAGCUUUUGACUCCAUACCACAUAGCUGGCUUCUUUAUGUAUUACAACACUAUAAAAUUCACCCACAACUUAUUUAUUUCCUUGAAAACUCUAUGCAAAACUGGAAAACAACUCUUAAAAUCACGGGACAUGCUAAUACUGAAACACCUGACAUCUUAAUACGACGAGGAAUCUUUCAAGGCGACGCCCUUAGCCCACUGUGGUUUUGUCUAGCGCUAAACCCUCUCUCCAAUAUGCUCCAAAAAUCCAAUCUCGGCUACAUUAUUACGACUCCACACAAAGACACCACUCUCACACACCUCAUGUACAUGGAUGAUAUUAAGUUAUACAGUGACACUAUACAAUCACUACAUCACCUUGCAGACAUCACCCAAACUUUCUCAAGGGACAUACACAUGGAAUUUGGAAUAGAUAAGUGUAAAACAUUUUCGGUCAAAAAUGGAAAAAUCGUCCCAAAUAGCUACAUUUUAGAAUCAGGAAAUAUUAUUGAACCUUUAGAAGAAGAAGCUACUUAUAAAUACUUAGGCUUUCAACAAGCUCGAAAUAUUAACCAAAAAGAAACAAAAAAUAGCCUUAAAACUAAGUUCAAACAUCGCCUAAAUAUCCUUUUCCGAUCUCAACUCAACUCCCACAAUUUAUUUAAAGCAAUCAAUAGUUACGCAAUCCCGGUACUUACAUAUUCUUUCGGCAUAAUUAACUGGUCCCAAUGUGAGCUCCACAACCUUCAACGUAUGAUUAAUACUACUCUAACUGCCCACCGAAAACACCAUCCUAGAUCUUGUGUCCAAAGAAUGACUCUACCCAGAGGUGAAGGCGGACGAGGCUUAAUAGAUAUAGUCAAUCUGCAUAACAAGCAAAUUACAUCCUUGAGACACUACUUCCAUCAACGCUCAGUAUACUCUCCACUUCAUGAAACAGUAACGCUCGCAGACAAACGCUUCACCCCACUAAACCUUAAAGACCGACACCCGCAAAAAAACGAACGGAUUACUGACUUGAACGAAAAAACUGCUUUAUGGAGACAGAAAUCCCUUCAUGGAAGACACCACCACGAUUUACAGCAAUUAUAUGUUGACAAAGCAGCGUCAAACGCUUGGCUGAGGCGUGGUGAACUGUUUCCUGAAACGGAAGCUUUUAUGUUAGCGAUCCAGGAUCAAGUCAUUGACACCCGGAACUACCAGAAGCACAUAAUACGCACCUCUAAUCUUCAAUCAGAUACAUGCCGACACUGUCAUUCUAAUCCUGAAACCAUUCAACAUAUAACUUCUGCCUGCCGAGCCCUUGCGCAAACUGAUUAUAAACAUCGGCACGACCAAGUGAGCGCUAUUAUACACCAACAUCUCGCACACAAAUAUAAUUUUAUAGAUAAGAAGAUCCCAUACUAUAAAUACAAACCCGACACCAUACUAGAAAAUAACAGAUACAGGAUAUACUGGGAUAGAACCAUAAUAACAGAUAAAACAAUACAUUUCAAUAGACCCGAUAUCACAUUACAUGACAAAAUUAAAAAAAAUGUUUAUCUUAUUGACAUAGCUAUCCCUAACACUCACAACAUACAGUCGACAAUUUCGGAAAAGCUUAGUAAAUAUCAAGACUUAGCAAUAGAACUGAAACGUCAGUGGCGUGCAGACACUAUCCAUAUUGUUCCCAUAGUCAUCUCAUCAACUGGGGUCGUACCCAAAAGCCUACAACGCAGCCUUGACAUAUUACACAUUCCUCAUCACACUAAUCAUUUACUCCAAAAGGCAGUAAUCCUCAACACUUGCCGCCUCACCCGCAAGUUCCUUACGACUUCAUCCAUCUCAACUGCCAUUACCUAG